AUGAAGCUGAUUAAAGAUGAAACUAAAGAGGAUGUUGAAGAGACAAUGUUCAAACAGAUUGUAGGCUCAUUGUGUUUCCUGUGCAAUAGCAGACCAGACUUGUCAUUUAGUGCGAGCUUGGUAAGUAGAUUUAUGAACAACCCAAAGAAGUCACACAUGCUUGCUACCAAGAGGUUGUUAAGGUAUGUCAAAGGCAUUGUAGAUUUUGGAAUAUUGUUUCAACCUAGGAGGCAAAAGGCAGAUGUGGAAGGCUUGGAACUUGUUGGUUUCACGGACUCUGAUCAUGGUGGUGAUUGCGUUGAAAGAAAGAACAUGUCAAGCUACAUAUUCAUGCUAAAUGGAUCUCUUAUUUCAUGGUGUUCGAAGAAGCAGCCAAUGGUAGCAUUAUCCAGUUGUGAAGUUGAAUAUAUAGCAGGAAGUUAUGCAGCAUGUCAAGGGGUUUGGCUUGAGGAAGUACUAAAGGAGUUGAUGAUUCCUAUGAAGGCUCCAUUAGAGCUGAAGAUAGAUAAUGUUUCUGCCAUAAAUCUAUCUAAAAAUCCAGUGAGCCAUGGGAAGAGCAAGCACAUAGAGGUAAAGUACCACUUCCUUAGGGACAUGGUAAACAAGGAAGAAUAG